AUGGAGCACAAAUCUGUCGAGCACAACGAGUUUGUCAGUUCAAGCAAAGCCGAUCUCGAGCCUGAUCGACUGACACCUGCCCGGAUACUGACUGCUGAGCAAUUUGCCCUCGCGGAGAGAAAGCUCAAGCAUAAGUUGGAUUUGCGUCUUUUGCUCUGUGUGUGGAUCAUCUUCGUGAUGAACUACCUGGACCGAAACAAUAUAUCAGCCGCGAAGGUAGCCGGCAUUGAGGACUCUCUUAGCCUAAGCAGCACGCAGUAUGCUACGGCCGUGGCUCUGCUUUUCGCUGGCUACGUGCUCAUGCAGCUUCCAUCCAAUAUUUUCCUGGCCCACCUACGCCCCUCGCUCUACAUUCCAUCCGUUAUGAUCAUCUGGGGCAUGCUAUCUGCGCUGGUAGGAGUCGUCCACAACCCAGCCGGUUUGUACGCUCUCCGAUUUCUGCUUGGGUUUGUUGAGGCAGCAUUUUAUCCCGGCGCGCUCUUCCUAAUUUCAUCUUGGUAUAAGCGCUCUGAAAUGGGAGUCCGCAGCGCUUUCCUUUUCUCCGGCUCUCAGCUGGGAAGCGCAUUUUCCGGCCUCAUCGGUGCCGGCAUUACAAGCGGCCUAGAUGGGACCCGAGGCCUCGAGUCCUGGCGCUGGAUCUUCAUCAUCGAGGGCUCAGCAACCGUUUUCAUUGCUCUCAUGGCCUUAUUCGUCCUCCCAAACUACCCCUCAAAUACCCCUUGGCUAAGCCCAGAAGAGCGCGCCGUCGCCGAAUGGCGCUUAAUUGAGGAUGCCGGACAGGUCGACGAAGAUGAUGAACGCUGGAGCUACGGGUUCAAGAUGGCGUUCAACGACUGGCGGCUGUACACCUUCGCGCUAAUCUUCCUCUGCAUCCAGGUUGCGAGUGCGACGUCUAACUUCUUUCCCGCCGUCGUUAAGACGUUAGGGUUUGGCACCGUCAAUACCUUGCUGCUUACUGUGCCGCCGUACAUGGUAGCCCUAGUAGUCUCCAUCGCUAAUAAUUGGUCUGCCGAUCGCCUUCGCAACUCGUCGUUUCACGCUAUCUGGCCCUUAUCCAUUGCGAUUGUCGGGUUUGUUGUUGCGGCCGCUACGCUUAACACAGGCGCGAGGUAUUUCGCCAUGAUCCUUAUGGUAGCCGGGGGGCAUGGCUCCAACGCCGUCGUGCUGGCCUGGACACAAAAGACCAUGCUUCGGCUUAGGAUCAAGCGGGCCUCGGCUGUGGCGUUUGUUAAUGCCUUUGGGAACCUUUCGCAAAUUUUCUCUUCGUACUUCUACCCCGAUAACUCUGCUCCGCGGUACGUGACCGCCAUGGCGGCGAACUCAGCUUUUUCCCUCGGCGCGAUUUUGCUAGCUAUUUUCAUGCGAUUUGUUCUUCUUCGCGCUAAUCGGCGCAUUGAGAGAGGUGAAUCGACCGUGACGGAGGAGAUGAGAGGUCAAAGUCAGCGGGAAAUUGCUGGUGUCUCUGAUGAGGAGCGCGUUGCAAGAAGGGAGGGGUUUCGAUACAUUGCUUAG